AUCUGCCCACGGACAAGGGAACAAUAAUGAACACGUCAGUGUUCAUACUGAAGCAUCUAGCUUUACCCCUCCCAUCCAAAAUGAACCCGUCAAUCAGCAAAAUAUUGAGAAUAACCCGAACGCGGAUGGUCAACCCGACCUUGUGAUUCCCAAUUCCUAGCAAAUGUAUUACAACAGAUAGCCAAUGCAACAAUGUUUCAACCACCUCCACCACCGCCACCGCGAGUGAUAACCUACAAAACAUUAAGGGAUAACGGUGCAGAAUUAUUCCUUGGGGAUCGCAUCGGUGAACCCCAAAUUGCAUGGGACUGGAUCGAGCAGACUGCUCGAGUGUUGGAGGAUUUUAAUGUACCCAUUGGCAACUAUCCCCGACUGGCGUCUCAGCUGCUUCGCAAGGAAGCCUACGAGUGGUGGAAGAGGACUGAUGAGAGUGCAGGAACCCCUAAGCCAUGGACAUGGACACAUUUCGAAUGGGCAUUCAAACAAGAAUAUAUUCCAAAACGUUUUAGUGAAGAAAAACGUAAGGAAUUUGUCGAAUUGCAACAGGGAGACAUGACACUCCCCGAGUAUCGUCAGAAGUUUACCAGUCUUGCUAAGUUUGCACCAACCUUGGUGAGUACCCCAACCGAUCGCAUCGAGGAAUUCAGGAAGAAACUUCGACCUGACCUUAGGUCGCGUGUGUCCGUCCUAACCACCGUGGAUUUCGCGGAGGCCUAUGAUCUCAUAGCACGGGCAGAUAGCGACUUGAGUGCUUGCAUUGAGUAUCUGAAGACAAAUAAUGUCAGUUCAAGCACUCACCGUCCCAUCAGCUCUAUCUCAAAAGGAAAAAGGCCUUUCCAGGAAUCUAGCAAUUCACACUUCUCAAAGAAGGGGAAAUCGUUGCAGACGCACUCUGUGGCGUCGGAAAACAAAUCAAAAGGGUGGAAACACCCAUUGUGUGAUACAUGUGGGAGACAUCAUCCAGGCGAGUGUUGGUUUGCCCAAGGAUUAUGUCUAGGUUGCGGCAAACCUGGACAUUUUCGAAGGGAUUGCCCCACUAAUCCUGGAAAACCAUUUCCGAUAGCCCUAGUUGUCAGCCAAUCAGCAUCAGCACGACCUGCGCCAAGUCAACGAUCAACGGCAAGAUCUAAUCCGGCCAAGAACUAGAGUCAGCAACAGGGACGAGCUCCUGCUCGUACUUAUGCAAUGAAGGCACGAGCUGAGGAAAACCCUGACGUCAUUCAGG